GCCGUGAGCCGGGAGCCGGGAGCCGGGAACCGGGAACCAGGAGCCGGGAACCUGGAGCCGGGAGUCAGGAGGUGGCGUGCGUGACGGCGAGCUAGCCAGGCCCGCUGCGGGGAGAGGGGGCGACCGGGGCGUCGGCAGCGGGGUGCGUGCCUGCGUCGCCAGCUUGGAUGCGGCGGGGACGCUGCAGCGCCGGGGUUCUGGGUGCAAGCUGCUCAACAGCUGGCCCCGCGGGAGCGCCGGGCCGCCUGGGUGGGUGCAGCCGAGGCGGUCGGGGAGAGGCGGCAACUCGAGUGGAGGCGCGGCGGCGGCGGCGGCGGCGGCGGCUUCGGGGGCUUCAGAUUGUGACUUAGGUCUCCAAGAUCGUGCUCAUCCCGUGCUCUCUGGAUCCAACUCUCCUGCCCGCCUCUGCUCUAGGAUCCUUGGUGCUGUCCAGCACUAGCCUGUGCAGCCUGCUUGGGGCUUCACCUCUUUGGUCUGAGUUUUUCCAGACAGAAAGAAAGAGAAAGAAGAGCCACUGCAGCACUGAAGCUUCCUUCAAUGUAGUGGGGCCAGACUUUUGAACUGGGCUCCGUCACGUGGCAAAGCAGCGCACUAACCAGCUGUUGCUGAUCAGGAUGCCACCACACAGCGACCUGCUAUGAUGUCUUUGUGAAUUGUGGUGUCUCCACUGUCCCUUCUCUUGAUCACCUUUCUGCCACUAGGUAUCCGGAGGCUACCAUGACCAUCACAGUAGUGUACGACAACUCUGAGGUAACCGAGCUCUGUGCAGCUCAGCACCUCUACCUCAAGCCCAUCGCCAAGCUGAUGAUCAAUGUGUUGCUCCCUGAGUGCACAGAGCCCAUGAGGCCCUUCUCCAACUGGGAAGUCCUUGACAAGCUCAAGAGCCUCAUCUGCCCUGACCAGUUCACCACCGUCCGGCUCUCCAAGAGCACGAAGGACUUCAUCUUAUUCGAGGGAGAGGCAGAGACACAGAGACUGAUUCAGAUCUUCAAGACCAGGUUACAUGGGAAGUUCAUCAAGCUCAACGGCCUGAAGACUGACCUGAAGGUGGUGGCCACAGAUGCCCAGGGAGAGUGGGAGCACUUCCCCAAAGACAGGGGGGAGCAGGAUUGGAGCGAUGAGGAGGAGGAGGAACAGGACCUGGAGAAGAGCCCAGAUUCCAUCUACUUUGAAGGUUUACCCUGCAAGUGGUUUGCACCCAAAGGUUCCAGUGGGGAGAAGCCCUGUGAAGAGAUCCUCCGGGUGGUCUUUGAGAGCUUCGGGAAGAUCAAGAACGUGGACAUCCCUAUGCUCGACCCCUACAGGGAGGUGAUGACAGAUGGCAGCUGUGGAGGCUUUAACAUGGGCUUGCAGACCUUCGAGGCCUUCAUCCAGUAUCAGGAAUCCACAGACUUCGUGAGGGCCAUGGAUUCCCUUCAGGGGAUGAAGCUAUUGCUUAAAGGUGAUGAUGGCAAAGCUCUGGCCUGUAACAUUAAGGUGAUGUUUGACACUUCCAAACACUUCAGUGAAGGGGCUAUAAGGAGGCGAAAUCAGGAGAGGCUGAAAUUGCAAGAGUUGGAGGAGGAGAGAAAGAAAGAGAAGAAGAGACAAGAGCAAGAGGCUGAAAGAAAACGGAAAGAGGAGGAAAGGCGAGCCCAGGAGAAGAGGAGGAAGGCCCGGGCCAAGAGACGUGCCCUGAAGGAAAAGGACCGCCACAGGCAGAGGAAGCAGAAGGACAGAGCCAAGGUGGAGGAGGCCAUUAAGGAGGUUGCGGAGGAGCCCACUGAAGAGGUUGCGGAGGAGCCCACUGAGGAGCCCUACUCAUCCUCGCCCGAGUGGGAAGAGAGAAAGUACCUGCUGGCUCAGAGGCGGGUGGAAGCCCUUCGCUUACUACGGGUCCUCCUGAGGGACAUUUCAGUAAAACUCUUUUCCGGCCCUCGUACACUUAGGGAAUCCACAGAGCUAGAUCCAGAGGAGGGAAAUGGUGCAGACCCCAAAGCUAACGGUGUUCUUGGCAACACACCGGGGAACCCGAAGAAAGCAGACUUAAAUACUCAGCAUCUUCACAACCAGGAUGAUGUACCGACACGUCAUAUUGCCAAGCCAGACAAUAAACAGAGGCAGAAAAUGAAGAGGAGGACUCACUUUCAAGAAUCUUCCCACCAUCCCGAGAAAAAAAGAACACGCCACUUAUCCAGGAAGGCGAGAACUAGAGAAAUGUUACCCCGUGCCUGUGUUUUGGUCUCUGACCAGAAUUCUUUGCAAGUCACUAUGAUUCAAGAUCAGUCUUUGGAGACAGAAGACUACCGUAGUUCAAAUGGUCUCUGUCUUUCCAGAUUCUCUGCAUGGCAUCACAGCCAGAAGCAGAAGGUAUACGAGACUGAUGAGUUUAUUGACUAUCUGCUCAAUUAUUACCAAGCUCCGGAAUAUAGCCGCGUCUGCCUACAGCCAAGUGACUUGAUGCAUGAAUGCCACUGGCAGCGGGCUGUCCACGCUACAGAGGACGGACUGCAGAUCAGUUUGAGAAAGCUCUGGUGUCACUCGAGCAACCUGUCCCCAAUGCAGUUCCCAGGAGGGAUAGCAUCGCCUCAGGAGGAGAACCACUGGACAAAGAUCUGUGCUCAGCAGACAGCACCAAAGAGUGGGAAAAUGGAUUAUAUCCGAGAAUGCAUGAAGCAGUUGCAGAAUCCCCGCAGCGUCCACGAACCUGAUUGUCACCUGUCACUAGAUGAGGAAGAGAGUUACCUGAUGGAAGAGACCCAGAUUCACCAGGUCAAAACUUCUAGAACCUCAGGGAAAAGCCUAGCAUUCUCCCCAGCCAGGUCAGUCGAUGUAUAUUUGAACUUGAGUGAUUUCCUUGAGGAAAUCAGUAGCGAUUCAGAAUGCUUCAGUGAAAUCCUCAGCAUGGACAAAGAGGAGAAAGAGAAAUCCAUGACCACAUGCUCCAGCUCUCCCGAAAGAGGAUUCAUCAACACAGAUGAAGUCGGCACCUUCAAGCAAGUUCCAUCUAGUCAGCAGACCCAGUAUUCGAGGUGGCCACAUGAAGCAGAGGAGAAAUGCUUGAAAUUCGAGCUUAGCAACCCAGGCAGCAGGGUCAAGUGUGCAACACAACGUACGUGGCUUGAGUGUGAACCCGGUUCCCCCAGAGAUGAGAAUACUAACAAGAAGAGGGCAUUGCUGGUCACUGCCCACCUUUCUGAUGCCUACUCCCACCAGGAAGACAACCCUGAAGAUCCUUUAGACAAUGUCUGCAAAAAGAGGAAGAAGUGUAAUGACAAGACCUUUGGCCAACGAGUGAGCGACAGGGCUUCUCAUGUGCCAGGAACACCAUCCAAAAUGGCGAAUGCUCGCCACCUAAGGGAUGUCUCCCAAAGAGGAGACACCCCAUGGGAGUCUGAAUAUAACCAGGAUACCAGAAGGUUCAAACAGCAUGAGAAUGUGAAAGCUUGCAUGCCAAAGUCUGGCGAUUCUUCUGUCGAAGAGAACGGUGAGGAGUACCUGGACAGUGGAAGCUACGUAGGAAGCAACCACACAAGUUCUUUAUAUUUCCAAAUGUUCUAAAGAUCUCUUAGGGCAAGAAAAUCCUCAUCCACCACACACACACACACACACACACACACACACACACACACACCACACACACACACACACACACCACACACACACACACACACACCACACACACACACACAUACACACACACACACUCACACUCACUUUCAUUUUUUUUUUAUUUAGUUAUUUAUUUAGUUAUUUAUUUUGUGCAAGAAGAACAUGUAAAGCCAAAUAGAGGUCCUUUGCUAGCAACUCCAGAGCAAGAAUGCAACCCUGCAGAGAUUGGGCUGGGUUCAAUGCAAACUGUCAUUUGUCUCACUGAAGUAUAAAGUGUCAAUUGCACUGCAGAUAUGCUAGCAAGCUUGGGAAAGGGAAAAAAAAAAGAUUUGAAAACAAGAUCCAGAUUCAGAAGCUGGGUAGAAUAACGUAGUUGCCAAGUGUCUUGAUCUAAGCAUGCAUUUCUACUGCUCAGCUAGCUACUGGGUGCCAAUGAGAGCACUUGAACACCAAAAGGAGCUGAGAUGCCCCUCUGUGGACUCCUUAGCUGUCUAUAAUGCCAUCAUUUGGUGUCAUCCAUCUUCCGAGGGGAUGACAAGAGUGCCAGUAAGGAUCUUGCUGCAUUCUUUAAUCUGAUCAGAAAGACCACGUGCAGCAACAAACAUGCCUGGCUUUUAUCUAGAAAGAAUUAGAGACGAGAAGAGAGACGGCAGCUAGAACACAUGGUAGACUUUUUCAUGGCAUCAGAGAGAUUCAUAAGCUCCCACUGGGAGGAAUGUCAACGUGUUAAUAUAACCAUCGGACUCUGAUACCUGCCCUUUGAGAGACAGUUCUGGCAGGGAAAAAUAAUCUAAGGGGGGGGGGGAAACUCAGUCCUUUGAGGCUUUUGCAGACAGUAGGCCAUUAGGCAGAGCUGCCUUGUGAAAAAACACCCUGACAUUCUCUCCCAUAGAAGGAACAGGGUUACAGUGACGGGGCCACAGGGACCUGUAGAAGGAUCUGUUGGAAGAUUCUGGGGCACCCCCAAGGGCUCUUGAAAAAAGAAGACUGACAGUGUCUUGUUUCAGGUGAUAGAAUCCUUUCACUCAGGGUUGGGUGACAUCAUUUAUCAGUAGUUACCGAAUCCCAUCUCCCCCCACCCCACCCCACCCAAAAAAAAAAAACUGAUUUUUAUAAACCAAUCUACAAGUGCCUCCUCAAUCCUUUAUCACGCCAUGGAAUUAGGAAGAGUCUAAGGGCCGAGACCAGAGUUUUCUAGUUGGGGGCAGGGGUGGGGGGGUUGGUACAUGUGCAGGAUUUAAAAACCCUUCACAUAGAUGAUUUAUCUUUUUUCCUUACUGGUUUCGGACUUCUCAAAUACAUUUUUCAACAAUAAGAUUUAUAUAUAUAUAUAUAUAUAUAUAUUCACAAAGAUUUACCACCUUCAUGCAUGUUCUCUUGAGAGCUCAGCAGAUUCUUCAUUCUGCCUUAUAUUGGAUUUAGGAUCUCAGGGGCAGUCGAUGGCCUUCUUGUUCCCUUCCCUUCCCUUCCCCCCCGCCCCCCGCAAACAAGGCCCUAGUAUCUGACAUGGCAAUCAAUGACAUCAGUGAGCUCAGACUGCCUGCAGCAGGGAAAAGGGACUGUCAGCUACAGGCAGCACUUUCAUCAUCGCACGAUUCAUUCCAGUCUUAACUUGAUAACAGUAAAGUGCUAGCUGGUAAAGCCAGCAUGGGAUGCCAGUCAGCACCCUUGCCCGGAACAAAGAGGCAGCAGGUGUGCUCAAAACCAGCCUCUACAGCUCUCUGGCAUCUUAAAGGGCUACGCAGACUUCUCAUUUAUUGAAACUCUUUGUCACCAGAUGUUUCAUUGAUCAACCUUAAUAGAAGUGAUGGUAACCCAUGCAAAGGUUUGGCAAGGCAUGGAACACCACAGAUGAUCUUUAAUCCAAAUUGGGUUGGGGGUAACUAACCAACAAGUCAUUUGUGGACUUUUCUUGUCUUUGACUUGACUUUCAAGCCAGGAACACUGCUGUCCAGACUCAGUUUGGCUUGUCAAAGUCUCAACAGUUGCUCACAGGGCGAGUGCCUUUUCUCCUCUGUAAGGACUAGCUAGCAGUGUGUCUAUUAGUGUUUCAUGUACUGUUGUCCACGGUAGCCUUGUAAACUAGGAACAGCUUGCCUCUUGUCAAGCACCUGUUGGUAACUAGGUAUUAACUCUAUCCUCUAGUGAAACUCUUGCCUCCUUAUUGUUUCUCAUUUCAUGCCAUGGAAGCAAAAACCAACCAAACAACAAAAACAAAACAAUCAUUCUGCACUUGUCAUGGAAAGCACCUCUACUUGCUUUAGAAAUAAAAGCCCAUCUCUUCUUUAACUUGCUAACUUUCCUUUGCAGUUUGUAGGCAUGAAAACAAUUUGCUGCUCAGUGACCCAAGAUAAAACGAAACUGCAGAAUAUAGCACGUGCUUUUUUUUUUUUUUUAUAGUAGAAUUGAGAAGUCACUUCUGUAUAACAUUUUGAUCUUUUGUUUUGCUUAAUACCAUCCUUGGACCUCUGAGGGAAAAUCUUCAAGUACCAGUCUUAUGUUUAUUUUUCUGUACAACCUUGGAUUUUUAUUAUGUCUUGUGGCACUGUGGUCUAGAGCUAAGUUAACAUUCGCUGCAUUGGCCUUAAACAGGGAAUAACAACUCAUCCUGUAAUUUUGAUUUGAGUGGCCUCAUAAGGAAUCAGGACAGAAAAGACUGUAAUCACUUGCCUAUUGCUUGACACUGUUAUCUGUUGUUCUGUUACUUAUGUGGCACAGAAGUGUUUUCUCACACAUUUUUCUCUCUGUCCUAUUACACAAAGACCCCAGCUUUCGACUCCGUUUUUAAAAAUGGCUGUUUUCAUGUUUUCCCCUGUGUGUGCAACUGCUAGUACUUUAAAAAUGUUGAAGAUCUGUGUUUUGGGUUGUUUUUUUGUUGUUGUUACUUCCUGUUUGUUUGGAAUUCUCAGGUGGAAAAGCCACAGAACCUGAUGAUCUUGAAACUAGGAACCAAAUACAUGUAUUUUCCUUUAUUGCAAGAAUGUUUAAACUGUGACCUUUCCAAUAAAUGUUGAUAAUUCCAUUCUGA